UCCGCAGAUACUGUCUUCUUGUGAUAAACUUAUUAUGAUAUAACACCUAAAUUUGCAUCAGUUGAAAUCAUGUCGCGCUCCGAGAAGAUCGAGAACCCCAACGAGAGUCUCCUCAUACCGGAAUGGCUAAAUAAGGCCAAGUUUGAGUCCCUGCUCGGAAAGGAUGAGCCUGGUUAUAGUAGGAUUCUCCAGUUUACACCCGUGGCCGCUGUGCCACCAGGAUGCAAUUUUACUUCGAUCAUGUUGCGUGUUUACUUGAAUUUAGAAAUGAAGGAUGGAACUCAGAAAAGAAAGUCGUACGUGGUCAAGACCACCCUGAACUUAGAUAAGGGUGGCAAGAGGGUGAAUGACAUGCGAUACUUCCACAAGGAGCAGCAGAUGUACUCCAACUACUUACCCGAGUUUGAGAAAAUCUAUCGCGAGGCUGGCCAUCCUGUGCAGUUGAUGCCAAAGUGCCUGGAAAUUGGAGAGAUCGAGGGGAAUCUUUACUUCAUCUUUGAGGAUCUUGCAGCCCAGAACUAUGAGGUCGCAGAUCGCACCAAGGGGGUGAAUAUGGAGCACAUGAGAAUAUCUCUUAGAAAGUUGGCUGAACUACAUGCCGCCAGUGUGAUCUACAAAGACCGCCAUGGACCCUACCCCUCCGACUUCUAUCAUGGCUUCGCCAAGAAGGACAACCUACAGUUUAGCAUAAAUGGGUUCGAAACAAAGGCUCCGGAAUACAAGGAAGCCAUGAAAACUUGGGGCAUGGAGGAGUGUUACCUUAAGAAUUUCCCCACUACGGAACAGUAUGGCAAACUAUGUUUGGAAUCCCUCAAUGUGGAUGCCCAGGAUUUCAAUGUCCUCACCCAUGGCGACUUUUCCGCCACCAAUAUUCUAUACAAGUACGAUGCAAAUGCAGCUGUUGCUGAGGCUCUUCUACUGGACUUUCAGAUCUGCAAAUGGGCUAGUCCUGCUCAGGAUCUGCUUAUGAUGAUAACCCUGUCUGCGGAGAAGGAUUCACGCUAUAAGGAAUUCGAUAAUUUUGUGAGAAUCUACUGGGAAUAUCUUAUCGACUGCUUGAGAGUGCUGAAGUACGAAAAGCCGCUUCCCCAACUGAGAGAGCUGCAAUCUGCCAUCUACAAGAAAAAUAACACACUCUAUGUUUUCUUUGCCGUGCUAAAUCACUUACCUGGCCAUUUGCUACCCCCUUGCAAGGAAAGUAACCUGCACACCAUUAAUUCAAAGGACGAGGAGGGCAGGAGGCUUCGUAACCGAUCCUACACCAAUCCUGCCUUUGUGCAGGUCAUCCGGGAGUUUUAUCCCUUCUGCUGCAACCGCGGUCUCUUUAAUUUCGAAGACUUCGACUGAACGCAAGUUCACUCAUCUUCCAGUGCAGCCUGCACUUGACUCUAUUAAAUAAAUUGUGUGAGAACAUUGA